AUGGCGAACUACCUCGCCUCGAUCUUCGGAACCGAAGCCGACAAAGUAAACUGCUCCUUCUACUACAAAAUCGGCGCCUGCCGCCACGGCGACCGCUGCUCUCGCAAACACGUCAAGCCAUCCUACUCGCAAACCAUCCUCCUGCCCAACCUGUACCAGAACCCAGCCUACGAUCCGAAGAACAAGAUGAACGCCAGUCAGCUGCAGAACCACUUCGAUGCUUUCUAUGAGGAUUUCUGGUGUGAGAUGUGCAAGUUUGGGGAGAUUGAGGAGGUGGUUGUAUGCGACAACAAUAACGAUCAUCUCAUCGGCAACGUCUACGCGCGAUUCAAAUACGAAGACAGCGCGCAAAAAGCCUGCGACGCGCUGAACUCGCGCUGGUACUCGGCGCGGCCCAUCUACUGCGAGCUCUCGCCGGUCACGGAUUUCCGCGAAGCGUGCUGCCGGCUGAAUAGCGGCGAGGGUUGCGUGAGAGGCGGCUUCUGCAAUUUCAUCCAUCGGAAGAACCCUAGUGCGGAGCUGGAUCGCGAGCUGGAGCUUAGUACGAAGAAGUGGUUGAGGCUUAGGGGGAGGGAUGAGAGGAGUCAGAGUCGGAGUCCUAGUCCGGAGCCGACGAGGAAGAGGUAUUAG